AUGUCAGGGAAGAGUGUUCCACAGACGACUUUGAAGUCGCUAGUUUUCAAUCCAGUAAGUCUCGGAAUACUUCUCCGAUUCGGCUUCUUCUUCUUUGGCCUCUAUCAAGAUGCACAUAUGCCCGUCAAGUAUACCGACAUUGACUAUGUGGUAUUCUCCGAUGCUGCCGAAUAUGUGUACGAGUCUGCCUCACCAUACAAAAGAGAAACCUAUAGGUACACGCCAUUGCUCGCGUGGAUGCUCGUUCCGAACUCGUUAGGUGACCUCUUCUACCAUUAUGGUAAACUUUUAUUCAUGUUCUGUGAUAUCUUGACUGGAAUCUUGAUUGCAAGACUACUCCCAACCAACACCAAUACUAAGACAACUUUGGGGCUCCCAAUUAGCAAAAGGACUGUUCUUCUGAGUCUCUGGCUCCUCAACCCGAUGGUCAUCACAAUUAGCACCCGAGGAUCAUCCGAAAGUGUCUUGACGUUUAUCAUCAUGAUUGCUGUCAAUAGUUUGGUGUGUGGUCAAUACACAGAGUCUGCCAUCUGGCUUGGAUUGGCUACUCACUUCAAGAUAUAUCCGAUUAUCUACCUUCCCACGUUCUUGUACUAUCUCACACGCAAGGAUAAGCCCUUCACGAUUUUCAAGAACAUUCCAGUGUUGAACUGGCUCAAUGGAACCAAUUUGAUUUAUUUAUUGGUGACUCUUCUUUCAUUUGCUACUUCUGGAGUCAUCAUGUUCAACAUAUAUGGCUAUGAGUUCUUGUAUCACUCGUAUCUCUACCAUUUCAUCAGAUUGGACCACAGACAUAACUUCUCAGUGUACAAUGUGGCACUUUACUAUAAGUCUGCAGUGGACUACUUAGCAAUCCCAAAGGAAUCGGGAAUUUUAGGUUUGUUUAACUACUUGACUGGAAACUUGGAGAAAGUAGCCUUUGUUCCACAGAUUGCACUCUCGGCCAUCAUCAUUCCCCUCUCGUUAGCUCAAACAAAUCUCAUUCCCUGUUUAUUCAUUCAAACGCUUACAUUCGUCACAUUCAACAAAGUCAUUACGUCACAAUACUUCAUUUGGUUCCUAAUUUUUUUGCCAGGUUACUUGGCUACUUCCAAAUUAGCAUCUGGUCAAUACAAAGUGACAGGUCUCACAAUGCUUGCACUCUGGAUCAUUUCUCAAGCUAGCUGGCUCUUUUUCGCGUAUAGACUUGAAUUUGUCGGUGAGAGCACCUUCGACAAUGGACUAUUCUACCUGUCGAUAUUUUUCUUCUUGACCAAUUGCUGGAUUAUCUCUCAGUUCAUUCAAUACGUCUAG